GUGUGAUCUGUAAACACAUGUUUAUUUGGUGAAGGUGCAGGUGUGUCCGUCUAUUUUGGGGAUAUAACUAAGCAAGAAGUGUCAUCGUAAAAUUACUCCUAUCUCACUCGUUCUCCACGCUUCCAAUAAUCUCUGCUCUGCUUCUUUCUAUUCUUUCUCCUAUGGAGUUUCAUUCUCUUCCCAAACUCUACUUUCUUCUCUCCUUCACCAUCCUCUUCCUUUCAUCUUUCCUCGUUCAAGCUCAAAUUACUUUCAAAUACUGCGAUAAGAAGGCAGACUAUGCUGUGAAGGUAACUGGAAUUGAAAUAUUACCAAACCCUGUGGUUAGUGGCGAUCCAGCUAACUUUAAGAUCUCAGCUACUUCUGGAAAAGCUAUUUCUGGUGGAAAGGUGGUAAUUUCAGUUUCCUAUGUUGGGGUGCCUGUCCAUUCUGAAACCAUUGAUCUUUGUAAGGAAGUAUCUUGUCCCGUUGCAAAUGGCAAUUUCUUGAUUUCUCACACCCAAACACUGCCUUCAAUUACUCCACCGGGACCUUAUUCUCUGAAGAUGACAUUGAAGAAUGACAACGGCGAGCUGUUAACUUGCAUCAAGUUUAAUUUCAAAAUUGUUUUCGGUUCUUUUUUGUCUGACAUGUGAAGUGUCCUCUGCAUCAUUGAUCAUGGUUACUUUGCUUUGUUGCUCCUGUUAUUGUUUUUUUUUACUGAAACGUGUAUUGUAUAUUACCUUUGAAGAGUCAUAUCAUGACUGCAGACAAUGUUGUUAAAUGUACCAACUUAAAAUUUUAAUGUACAAUAAAAUAUUAUGUUUAAUUUAUCA